AUGAGAGAAAUAAUCCACAUUCAGGCUGGCACAUUCGCCAACUACGUUGGAACUCACUUUUGGAACACCCAGGAAAGUUACUUCACAUAUUAUGAAGAUGAAGAUCCUAUAGUGAGGCAUGAUAUCUCUUUUAGAGAAGGGCUCAUCCAUAACGAGCCGACUUUGUGUCCCAGACUACUUCUCUUCGAUCGCAAAGUCAACUUUGGAUCUCUCGCAAAAACUAACAGGCUCGCUGACGAGAAUGGUGAGGAUGAAGAAGGAUCUAUCCUAUGGGAUGGAAACACAGUUGAAUAUAAGCAAGAACCUGUGUCAAAAAGCGAAUAUCACACCCAUCUGGAAGAAAUGUCUGAGGACACGACAGAGGAUGCUGUAGGAGAGACCACAGAUGCGUCCAUCAGAUACUGGUCUGAUUUCAACCGGGUGUUCUUCAGUCCAAGGACUGUACAGAUGUUACCCGAUGUCGCAGAUUGGGAAACCACCACAGGUGACUGGAGUGUUGGACAAGAAACCUUCCGUCGCUUUGAUGAAGAAAAUGGACUCAUGGAAGAGUCACUGAGACUCUUCAUCGAGGAAUGCGACAAUUUUCAGGGAUUGCAAGUAAUACAAGAUACAUCGACAUUCGGCUCCUUCAUCGGCUCCAUGCUUUCCUCAUUCCGAGACGAAUAUCCCAAAAACCAGGCUUUGACCUUCGCCUUGCUUUCUAGUACACAUACGGGUCAUAUCGACGUCAACAGCAAUCCUAGCGUAAUUAACGAAGCUGUCAAUGAUGCACUUUGUUUACGUGCCUUGAACGAACUUUCAGACGCUACCAUUCCCAUUUAUCAUCCAAGUCAUUGGCCUCAAGGCGCAUGGGCGGAUAACCUCAAAUUCGAUCGCGAGAAACCAUACCACACUUCUGCCAUACUUUCAGCUCACAUAGAGUCUGCUACUCUGCCCUUGAGAUUGAAAGGAAGUUCGCAUGAUAUAUCAGCUUUGAGCAACCGUAUAAAUGGGUCUAGUGUUCGCUUUGGGCAGUUAAGCGGCACACUUCCCGUAUCAUCUGCCCAAACCUUUAAGAACAGACUCAAUUUCUCGACACUAUCAUCGCAUAAACAAACUGAGUUUUCAAGAGAGGACGUGAUCCGAGGAUUUUCUACUGAAAACACAAAAGUCUAUGACGACUGGUGCAACCUAUCGCCACUGCGUGCGCCGUUUUAUGCUUGUACCACUACACCUUCGUAUCCCCUUCCGACAUCCUUCCCCCCUAUUUUCGAAUCACAGUACCCACGACCUCUCUCAAAACCUGUAUUCUCAUCCCUAGGCGCCGGUACCGCGAGCUCGGGCAUGCUGUCAGACUAUGCUAAACUCAUCGGACGUUUAUCAACGAAGAAGAAAGGAAUCGUGAUCGGAUUAGAGGAUGAUGAAUUGAGGGAAUUGGCCAAUGAGCUUUGGGUCCUCUGUGAUGGCUAUCUCGGAGAUGGACCCGAUGAAAAGGAGGAAGACGCGCCCGGAGAAGACGAGACGUAA